GAAAGGAAGGUGACUGGCUGCGCGUGAUAGUAAUGCUCUCGGGAGAAUAGAGAGCCCCACAGUGCAACAACACACACAGGAAACCGCACAGGAUUAAACGUCACAGAACAUUUACUGCCUGUCCAGAUUCGUUGCACACCGAGCUGAAGCUUUCCCUCCAGUUAUGGGGGAGAACAUGGUGAUGAUGGAUGACCUCUGCGAGAUGAGCUGUAAUGUUCUGAAGAGACUGCUGAAGGAAGACCACGCGAAGUGCCUGCUGCUGGACUGUAGGUCGUUCCUGGCCUUCAGCGCGGGGCAUAUCCGGGGCGCCGUCAAUGUCCGCUGCAACACGAUAGUCCGGCGCAGAGCCAAGGGCUCUGUAAGCUUGGAUCAGAUACUACCCGGGGACGAGGAGGUCCGGUCCCGGCUGAGUUCAGGGCUGUACUCCGCUGUGGUCCUUUACGACGAGAGGACGCCCGACUCGGACACAGUGAAAGACGGUAGUACAAUUACACUGGUGAUGAACGCGCUCUACCGGGACACGGUUGGAACGGAGACCUACCUACUGAAAGGAGGCUACGACAGGUUUUACGCAGAGUUCCCAGAGUUGUGUGUGAAGACCAAGUCCCUGCCCUCGUUUACCUCCCAGUCCAGCCUGGACUCCACAUGCUCCUCGUGCGGCACACCGCACCCCGACCAGGGAGGUCCAGUGGAGAUCCUGCCCUUCCUCUACCUGGGGAGUGCCCUCCAUGCCUCCAGGAAGGAGACGCUGGACAGCCUGGGCAUCACAGCCCUGCUCAACGUCUCCUCCAACUGCCCCAAUCACUUCGAGGGGACCUACCAGUACAAGUGCAUCCCAGUGGAGGACAACCACAAAGAGGACAUCAGCUCCUGGUUCCUGGAGGCCAUUGAGUUCAUAGACUCGGUGAAGGAGUCCAGUGGGCGUGUCUUGGUGCACUGCCAGGCUGGCAUCUCCCGCUCCGCCACCAUCUGCCUGGCCUACCUGAUGAUGCGGAAGCGCGUGCGCCUGGACGAGGCGUUUGAGUUUGUGCGCCAGCGCCGCAGCAUCAUCUCGCCCAACUUCAGCUUCAUGGGGCAGCUGCUGCAGUUCGAGUCCCAGGUGCUCGCCACGUCCUGUGCCGUCGAGGCCUGCAGCCCGCUGGCCACGCUGGGGCCCAAGUCUUCCGCGUCCUCCGUCACGCCCACCUCCCCUUUCAUCUUCAGCUUUCCCGUCUCCGUGGUGGCCACGUCCAGCGGCCUCGCUUACCGGCACAGUCCAAUCACGACCUCCCCCAGCUGCUGAUGCCCCGCCCCUCCCUAUCAGACACUGAACUGCCAUUGGCUGCUGAGAUUCAUCCUCCCCUCCCUCCAUAUAGACUUCUAGGUACUGGUCCGGGGGGGGGGAGGGGUUUCUCAUUGGCUCACUGGCUGUGGAAGCCUUUCAGGUGCCAAGGACCGCUGUCCUUGACAGACUGGCGUGGCGGCCAAUGAACAGGCUUUGUGGUGUGGAAAAACAGGCUGCAGGGCAGAAAUCCUGUUUCCAUGGAUACGGCACUUCCUGUGUUUGAGUGUGAGUGCGGAGGUAGGAAAGAGGGAGGGGUCAACACGUCUUCACCACUCUUGUCAUUCUGGGUCUCCCCUUGCUGCUAGAGCGAAAGAGGGGGAAGGGAGGAGGAUAGGAGGG